AUGCCCGUUCUGCACCAUCAGCAGUUCCACCAUGUUAGCAUGGCGCAAUCUGCUCAAGCAGCAGCGGCAGCCGCUGCUGCAGCUGUAGCUGCUGCAACCGCGUCCGGAUUCCCCCCCCAACGAGGCGAUCAGCAGCCGGAUCAAGAUCAGGACCAGCAGGGAGAGCAGGAGAGGCAUCAGGAUCAGCAAGAGCAGCGGCAGCAGGACCCGAACCAGCCGCGCCAGUUGAGGCCGGGGUCCCCGCAGCAAGGCGGAGCGAUGCAAACUGCGGAUCCGCAACAACAGGCGCAGCAGGCGCAGCAAGCGCUGCAGAAGCGCAAGGGUCCAGGCGAUCCCGCGGCGGGGUCCGCGCUUCACGCCUGCAGCGCGCCGACGGAUCUGGCCGGAAACCCGUUGCGCCGAACGCUGUGGAUUCGCUUCAAGCACGGACGGCCGACAGAGGUGGAGCUGGAAGAGGACGAGCUGCACAUCGACCACCUGAAGAAACGCCUGAAGCUGCUGUUUCCGAAGAUGCUGGGCCACGUGGAAGUGUUUGAGUUUUCAAUAAGGCACUCUGCUGCGGAUCAUGGUUGCGUACCCGAGGAUUUCCCGUUGGAUCACCUGCGGGAGGGGAAUCGCGCUGCUGCUCCACUACUCGUCGAUGCGCCGGAGCCAACUCCCAACCUUGCAUCUGCUGCCCUGGUUGCAGUGGCUCCGCCGGUGUGCCUCGACCCUGCAGCAGGUCCGGGGGGAGUGAACCUCUCAUACGUGGUGGACGGCGGCCGCGACGACGCGUUUGGUGCUAUGGGCGCGGUACCAGGCUCGCUCGCGGGGAAGGGGAUAGGCAUGGGCCCAGGCGGGAUGGGCGGGGGCGGCAUGCACUGCGAUCCUGACGAUAUGCGGCAGCUGUUUCACCCAGAAGCAGCACCGCCGCCCCCAGCAGAAGUCAAGGUCGGAGGGAGGAAACGGAAAAACGCUGCUGGGGGUGGAGCGGGGGGCGCGGGAGGAGCUGGGGGAUCAGGUGGUAUGGCGCAUCUUGGGGCCAACGGGCUGACGGAGAUUUCUCCGAAUAGUCGCAGUAAGAAGGCAGCGGAUGGGCUACACAAGGGGCAGAGCAUCAUCAUGCGUUACAACAACGAGGACGUGGCCAAGGCUCGCAUUGUCUCGUGUGAACGGAGUGGGUUCUGCAAGGUGCGACUGCACAGCCUGAUAACAGACGGCAGCACGCUGCUGUAUGAGAACAGCCUGCCUUCCGGCCUGCGCAUCCCCCUCACAAUGCCUGCGCAUGCCGCAACAUGCUUCGCCCCUUCCGCGUCUCUCCUCUGCGCACAUGCCGCCACUGCUCCGCGGUUCCACGGCGCGCGGAUAAUGGCGUCCGCGGCCUAUGCUAACUGGGCCAGCUUCCCCGCCGCCGCGGCUCUCUCUUUCCCCGCCGAUGCUGCGCGCGCGGGCUGGGUGCGUGGAUUCGGCAGCUCCGCGGGGGCCUCCGUUGCGCCGAGGCGGAAAGAGCGGCUGCGGAUAGUCGAUAAGACCGGCGGAGAGGCCAAUAAGGCGCUGGGAAUUAGAGAGAAGAAGAAGAAGAAAAAGAAGAAGACCGGGAAAGCGGACGAGAAAAAAACGGGGAAGUACUACGGGGAAGGGUUCGGGACGACGGGAGUUCCGCUUGCGCGGAGGUGGGGGGAUUACGACAAGCGCCAAUGGGAGGAUCCGGAGGGGUGGCGGGGGGGGAUCUUAGGCCGCCCGGAGAUCUCCGGGAACCGCGCGAAACCGGUGGACUCGGCGAUAAUGAGGGUUUAUAAGAAUUGGGGGCGGCUCGAGGAUGGGCUCUCGCAGUUGAAAGCGCUGCAGCGGGGGGGCGGGGAGGGAGAUUCGCGGAGGGGGAAGGUGGGGAGUGGGCGAGCAGUUGCGGAGUGGGGAGGGGGAAGGGGAGGAGGGGGAGGGGGAGGGGGAGGAAGUCGUUAUAAGAAGAAGGCUGGAGAAUUUAGCUGGAAGCCUGAUUCGAACGAUUUGCACGGCGCUCGCGGUGUUGGGGGGAAGGACGAUGAUAGAGAGGAGGAGGGGCGGAGAGGUGAUUGGCGGGAGGGCGGGCGGAGGGAGGGUGGCGAAAGGGGAAGAGAGGAGUGGGGGGAGAGGGGGUUGCGGGGAGAGAGGAGCGAGAGGGGCGGUGGGGGUGCGUGGGGCGGCGGCGGCGGUGGCCGGGGAAGCGGCGGCGGCUGGGGGAGCGAGGGGCGGGAGCGGAACAGGGAGUGGGGUGGGCGGAAGGAGUAUGGGGGAGAGCGGGAGUUCGGGGGGGAUAAUAAACAGGCGAGGCAGUAUGAGGGCGGAGGGGAAUCAGGGGGGAGAAGGGAAUAUGGCGGAAGAAAGGAGUAUGGCGGAGGAAGGGGGGGAAGGGAGGCGGGGGAAGCAACAGGGGGAAGGUCCCCGCGCAGUGAGUCCGGGAGACGGUCUUGGGAUGACGUGGAUAGUGCCCGUAGUGACGAGGACGCUGACGUCAUGGCGUUCUGGUCCAACGUGGACGUGGACAGCCCCCCUGGCGUUGCGCGGAAAGGCGUAGAUCAGGGGGCGGGGCGGGGGAGGGUGGGGGGAGACGCGGGGCGGGGAAGGGGCGGAGAAAGCGGAGGCGAGAGGGGGGCAGGGAGGGGAGGGGAAGGAAAGGGUUGGUCGCGGGACUAUGCAGCUAUGGAGUGGGGAGAGGGGCAAGGGGGAGCGGCAGGCGGAGAGGUAGGGGGAGAGGCCGAGGGAAGGGCGGAAGGGGGAGCCGGGCGCGGAAGGGGCAUGCUUCCGCGCAGCAGCGCGCCUGGCGCUGGAGAAAGGGGAAGAUGGGGGGGUGCGGAAGGCAGGGUGGAUGCGUUCGGGGUAGAUGACUGGCGGGGAAGGGCAGUCGGGGGAGCCCCGCGGCCGGUGAUGAGGGGAGGGGCGCAGGGGCGCGCAGAUGGCGGAAUGGACAGGGGGGGAUGGGGGGACCGGGGAGAAUUCGGCUUGCGGAACGCGCAGGGCGCAGGGAGGGGGAGGGGGGGCGGCGGACAGUGGGGGAGAGGGGGCGAUGGGGGGGAAAUGAGCGGUCCCAGCGGGCGGUUCAGUGAUGCUGAGGAGGAGAGUGACAAUGAUAACAAUGACGGAUAUGGUGCCAAUGAGGGCGAUGACGGGGAUGAGGGCGAGUACGGCAGGUAUUCCGAUUGGGAUAACAGCAACAGCAGCUGGGGGACCCCGUCUCUCACUCCUUCCGCUCUCCGCGGAGAGCCCAUCUACGGCGUCUCGCCCGUGCUCGCCGCGCUCCUUUCCUCCCGCCGCCGCAUCCACACGCUCUACACGCAGGAAGGGCUGCAGGACGGGCUGAAAGGCGGGGGCAAGCGCAAGGACAAGGCCGCAGUCGAGCGCGUGCUGCGCGUGGCGGAACAGAGCGGUGUAGAGCGGUUGUCGGUGAGCAAGCAUGAGUUGAACCUGCUGUCGGGGAACCGGCCGCACCAGGGUCUGGUGUUGGAUGCGUCGGGGUUGCAGCUAGAGCCCAUAGAGGCGCUUCCGGUGUGGUCAGUUGGUGCGGCGGCAUGCGCUGCUGCUGUGGGUGGUGCGGGCGCAGGAGAAGCAGGGGCGGCGGCAGAGGCGGCGGCAGGGGCGGCGGGGGCGGCAGUGGCGCCGCCGGUGUGGGUGGCGCUGGACGAGGUGACGGAUCCUCAAAAUCUGGGGGCGAUUCUGCGGUCGGCACACUUCCUCGGGGCGGCCGGCGUGGUGGUGUGCGCUAAGAACUCCGCCCCGCUCUCUGCUGUCGUGUCCAAGGCCAGUGCGGGCGCGCUCGAGAUCAUGCAGGUACAUCAUGCGCUCGAGAUCAUUUUACUGGUCAGAGCAGAGUGA